UCACCAAAACCACCAAAUCCGUGGAAUGAAACACGUGACUGCGGUCCGGGUCGCGUUCAACUCUGUGUUGAAUUCUGGUUUCAUAAGACAGUUCGAGGCACCGAGGACUGUCUUUAUAUGGAUCUUGUAAUACCUACGGCUGCACCGGUAGGGGUAGUAGCUUUGUUCAUUGAUCCAGAUCACUCGAGUGUGAACAUUAAUCUGAUGAUUGAUAUUUGUUUAUUUCAGAAACGAAAUGGGUCAUAUCCAAUACUGAUGUGGAUCCAUGGUGGAUCUUAUCAGGUGAACAGUGCUGGAAUGUACCCAUUGAAGACGAUUGUUGCGAACUUUGCUUCGAGAGGCAUUAUUUUCGCCUCGAUUAACUAUCGUUUAGGGCCAUUGGGUUUUUUGACUGCAUCGCAUCGUUUAUUAACGGGUAAUUUCGGUCUCGACGAUCAGAUUCAAGCGAUUCGAUGGCUGAAAGAGAAUGCACCGAAUUUCGGUGGAGAUUCGGCGCGGAUAACGCUGGCUGGAGAGAGUGCUGGUGCUGCUUGUGCGAGUCUCUUAGCUAUCUCACCGAAGACUAAAGAUCUGUUCAGCGGUGUGAUUUUACGAAGUGGAAGCGCAUUGGCUCCGUGGGCAGUUCGAUCGACAUCAACCGAGAACAAUUCAGCUCGAUUGAUGGAUUAUUGUGGAUGCAGAUACAAUAGAACACUGGGAAUGACUCAUAUCAAAGAGUGUAUGCAAUCCAUACCUGUUGAACGGUUUCUGAAUGGAUGGCAUCAUGUGGCAAUUACUUCACCUAAUAUUGGUCGAGAGUCGCAGCUUAUGGCAAGUACCUAUUUUACACCGGUGAUCGACGCGUUCCGAAUUGAAGACAGCGUCAUACCUGGUGAACCAAUGUUGCUUGCGAGAGAAAACGCGAGAUUACCUCUGAUGAUCGGAGUGACGAGUGCAGAAUCUGGCUAUUUGUUAGGGAAAUUUAUCGUGCAUUCGAAUCGUUACACAGAAACAGGUGAAUGGGACUUGGAUCCUGUAAUACCACCGCAUUUGUAUUCAAAUUAUAAACAGGUGCAAAAAGCGACAGAAUAUCAAUAUCUGAAUGAUUAUCCGCAAAAUUUGAACGAUGUCGAGCAAAGGCGUACACUCGUUCAAAUCACUUCAGAUCAAAAUUUCAAAGCACCAGCUGCACGUGAGGCUAUGCUAUACGCAGCCAGAAAUCAAACUGUUUUCGCAUAUGUGUUUCAACAUGAACAUCCGCAGUUGACAAAGCGAAUGACUUUGUUGGGUAUCAAAGGAGGUGAUACAUCUCUGAAAGCUUAUAUCAAUGAUCAUAUGAAUUGA